CUCGCUGAAGUCCUCAUAGCAUUGCUGCUUUUGUUGGCUUGACGAGUGAGUAACGCAGGCUCGUGGCAGGCGAGCUAACAAGCUAACAGAAGCGGUUACAGUUUAAAGCCUACAGUUCUCGAGGUUAUCAGUGGACCUCAUAGCUUCAUGGUUCCUUUCCAACCCAACCCCUUUGUGUGGAAAUAGGUAAAGAGGCGCAGGGGAUUUAGCGCAUACUCGCUCAGGCAGGAGGAUAUCCUGGGAGGUAGACAGACGGACAGAGAGGUUGCACCUCUGAUAGAAGAUGUCCACAAUGGUGUAUCCUCGUGAAGAGAAGCUGGAGAAGCUAACGCAGGAGGAGAUCAUCUCAAAUACUAAGCUGGUGAUCCAAGGCCUGGAGGCACUGAAGAGCGAGCACAACUCUAUCCUGCACAGCCUGCUGGAGACCAUCAAGUGCCUGAAAAAAGAUGAGGAGGCCAACCUUGUGCAUGAGAAGUCCAACUUGCUCCGUAAAUCGGUGGAGAUGAUUGAGCUGGGCCUGGGGGAGGCACAGGUCAUGAUGGCUCUGUCUAAUCACCUUAAUGCCGUCGAGUCAGAGAAGCAGAAGCUUCGGGCGCAGGUGCGGCGUCUGUGCCAGGAGAACCAGUGGCUGCGGGAUGAGUUGGCCAACACACAGCAGAAACUGCAGAAGAGUGAACAGAGUGUCGCCCAGCUGGAGGAGGAGAAGAAGCACCUGGAGUUCAUGAAUCAACUCAAAAAGUAUGACGAAGAUGUUUCACCCUCGGAGGAAAAAGAUGGCGAACCACCUAAAGACUCUCUGGAUGAUCUGUUCCCUAAUGAUGAUGAGGAACAUGGCCAAGGAAUGCAGCACCAGCACAACAGUGCAGCCGUGGCAGCAGCGCAACAAGGAGGAUAUGAAAUCCCAGCUCGCCUCCGAACCCUCCACAACCUGGUGAUUCAGUACGCCUCUCAAGGUAGAUAUGAGGUGGCCGUGCCGCUGUGCAAACAAGCUCUGGAGGACCUGGAGAAAACCUCGGGCCAUGAUCAUCCCGACGUUGCCACCAUGCUCAACAUCCUCGCCCUGGUGUACAGGGAUCAGAACAAAUAUAAAGAGGCAGCACACCUGCUCAAUGAUGCUCUGUCCAUCAGGGAGAAGACUCUUGGCAGAGACCAUCCUGCGGUGGCUGCCACCCUGAAUAAUCUGGCUGUGCUAUACGGGAAGAGGGGUAAAUAUAAGGAAGCUGAACCACUGUGUAAGAGAGCGUUGGAGAUCAGAGAGAAGGUGCUUGGAAAGGACCAUCCAGAUGUGGCUAAGCAGCUAAACAACCUGGCCUUGCUGUGUCAGAACCAGGGCAAGUAUGAGGAAGUGGAGUACUACUACUGCAGAGCUUUGGAGAUUUAUGAGUGCAGGCUGGGCCCUGAUGACCCUAACGUUGCCAAAACCAAGAACAAUCUGGCUUCAUGCUUUCUCAAACAAGGGAAAUACAAGGAGGCUGAGAUCCUUUACAAAGAGAUCCUCACCCGUGCCCAUGAGAAGGAGUUUGGAUCAGUUGAUGCUGAGAACAAACCUAUCUGGAUGCAUGCUGAGGAGAGGGAGGAGAUGAGCAAAGGCAAGCACAGAGACAACACCCCGUAUGGAGAAUAUGGUGGCUGGUACAAGGCCUGCAAAGUCAAUAGUCCGACUGUGAACACCACUCUGAGGAAUUUGGGUGCGCUGUACCGCCGGCAAGGCAAGAUGGAGGCUGCGGAGACCCUGGAGGAGUGUGCCAUGAGAUCCCGCAAGCAGGGGAUCGAUCCUAUCAACCAGAGCCGUGUGGUUGAAAUUCUGAAGGAGGGUGAUGGAGAGAGGAGGAGGAACAGGGAUAGCAUGUCCAGCGUUAAGUACGAUAGCAGCUCAGAGGCUGGAGAGGAAGUGAGUAUGGGCAUAGAGUGGAGCGGGGUGGUGUGUGGAGCUGUGUGGGUUGUGUGGCGCACGAUUAUGGUCAUAUCCCUGGCACUGCAGUUCAUACUGAGGAAAUCCAAAAGGACUUUGUAUUCAGAUUGAAUAAAGCUUGCAGGAGUGUUCAUAGCGUUCGUUUUAUUUAUUUAUUUUUAAAAAAACCUGAACACUGAAACAACAGACCUAGUCCUUGGCUUAAUUAAAUCAAGUAGUUUCUAUAGUGAUCGCUAAGUCACAGGGACAAGUAAGGAUCAUGCUCCACGUGAUCGAAGACUAACAAUAUAUCGAUUUAAAAUGUGUUGUUUCACAAAGGAAAACAUAUAGUAGUUAAUAUGGUGAAGCUUUUUAUUAGGAGACAUUGGAAGGAGUCGCCAGUGACAGUGCUAGACAGUAGUAAAGCCCUUCCAUUAAUUUUUUCAGGAUGGAGGACAUUGCGUUUUGCAGUUUCUCAGAAACAAGCUGCAUAUGUUUGUUUUAGCAACUUCAAGAGAGAUUGAGGGAAUGACUUUAUUAACUGCUAUAACAUACGUAAGUGAAAACUAACCUGGAACUAACCCAUUUGAGACAUUUCCACAAGAUUAAAUGCAACUAUAAAGGGAUAAAAAAAAAAAAAAGUAUAUGUCGUUCUUUAAUAAAUGAAAAUUAUAACAGUUGAUCAAAUGCUAUGGUGUAAGAGAAACACUCAAAAAAACAUUGGGAUGUGCUGUUAUUGAAAAUAAUCAAUGUUGGGGUGGCUCCCAACAUAAAUUCACUCCACUUUGUGUUUAUUCCUUGCUUGUUUGAUUGACAUUUUUGCUUUGCAACAAAAUUUUCAGUAGCUCUUACUAGAUUUAUUAAAGAUAUAGCAGUCUAUGUACUGUACAUUUUGUGACACAUGUAACAUAAUGGUAUGUCCUAUAAUCUAACCUUUUGAAGUAUUUAUAGCCAUAUUGCAAAUGUGUUUAGGCAAUGUGUGUGUGUGUGUGUGUGUGUGUGUGUGUGUGUGUGUGUGUGUUUACACUGAGCCUGGUUAGGAUGUUUUGAUUGCACUGAGCACAUAAUGAGUGCUGGAUUCAGCCAUGCUUAAGUAAAUGAGGGGGUAACAUAGAGCUUCUGUACACAGUCUGUAGAGUUGGAGGGUUGCCAGGGUUUCUAAAAGCAGGCCGGAAGGAAGGGCCCCAUACUACCUGGUCGUGCUCAUUUGGCAACCCGGCACUGGCAUCUGUUUAUGGUCACUGAGGAAGUAAAGGCAGAAUACAAUUCAUUUGAUUGUUCCAGUAGGAGUAGUUGUAGAUUAUUCAUAUUGUGACGUACUUGACGUGCUUUUGUGGUUCAUUUAUGCAUGAAUCGGCCGUGACCUUCACCUCAUCGUUGCCUUUUUUUUUUUUUUUGGUUUUGCAUUAUCUAACUAUGCAUGCAGUUGUGCACUAAGUAUAUUGAGUUAUUUUUUUAUAACUGAGCUUUCUUCAGUUUUCUGUGUUACUAACCAACUGCAUCCAUUAGUUUGUUGUUCUUAACCUCGCCACGACAACCAAUCAGCCAAUGAGAUCGGUUCUUCUGGAUGUGGUGGAUUGUACUCUCUUCGUGACGUCCUCGGCUCCUCCUUGCAUCAAGGGAAGCAAAAAUAACAAUAGACGCUAGUCCAAAUAGAUAGCUUACAGUUAGUUAGUCUUUAUUUGACCUUUGCAAACAGGCACUGCAGUAAUACACAGCCAUCAGGGAUGAGCGGGGUCUCUGACACCAGCAAAGAGAGGAAAACAAUUACAGACAUCGGUUAGUCAUUUACUUGUCAUUUAGUCAUCGUUCUUCUUAAACAUUAAGCCCAUGAAGUGUAACAGCCUCCACGCCCAGACCAGUUUUUAUUUGCUUUAGAGUUACUGCGGCAUUGGCAGGCUGUGUGUGUAUGAGGUUUGUGACAGAGCGCAGGGCAGAGCGUGCCAGGCCCGCUUCCACCCUCCCUACUGCACGGUGCUGCUGCAGCUGAGUCACUCGUACACUCCCCUGCUGGAGUCACACAAAGGGUAGACCAACAAAAUCACACUUCCUUAGCCAGACAAUGCACAUCAUUUACCCAGGUGCAGUUUUUAGGUUGUUUCGAGGCCAGUUCUUCACAGCUAGCCAAAUAAACUGACUGACUCCGUGAUCCUGCUUAAUGCCUAUAAACCAGUCAGAAAUGACCACAGCUGAACCUUGUGCUUCUCCAGUUUCCCAGUGGAGCACAUCAUUAUUGGUUCUAGCAUAUUUGUUGCCCCAAGUUCCACCCCUUUGCUCCCCCUUUCCCACUAGAAUCCCAUUUCAGACAGGAUUUGGAAACGUGUGUUUCUAUCAGCACCCAUAAUAAUCAGUGCGUGUCUUCACACAAGUAAAGCGCUUUUUUUCACCACUAUUGACGCAUGUAAACAUAAUUUUCCAAUAAAACACUGUCAGGACUUAUGUGGACACGCCCAAAAUUUAAGCCUAAAUGGAUUUUUCAUGGUUAUUUAACAAUGAAAAAUCUGUUAACGUUACUCGGGUGAAGCUUCAGUAAGGAGAAGGUUUAGUUAAAACUAAUGAAAGAAGACUUAAGUGAGUGUCGGUGCUUUGAGGUAAAGCUGUUGAAGUUUUCCGCCACAGGAAAAAUAUUCAGGACAGAGAAGUUUGUACGUUGUGGCUUAUCAGUUAUGUGAAAAGCUGCAUUCAUCUUACUAGCUUCAAGAAAGAGAGGAUGGUGAAGGAAUGAUGGUUUAUAGCUGUUCUAAUGAGAACAACCUUGUACACAGUACUGUGCAAAAGUCCUAGGCAUGUGCAAAGAAAUGCUGUAGAGUAAAGAUGCUUCAAAAUAAUGAAAUUAAAUGUUUCUACAUUCCAAAAACUACUGUAAAGAGCAGUAAACAGUAAUAAAUGAAACAAAGUCAGUAUUUGAUGUGAUGACCCUUUGCUUUAAAAAAAACAAAUCUAGUCUAAGGUACAACUUGUGCAGUUUUAUAAUGAAAUGAGCUGUAAGUUGUUUUUUUGUUUGUUUGUUUGUUUUUGAGCAUCUUACAGAACCAGCCACGGUUCUUCUGGAGACUUUGACUGUCACAAUUGCUUAUUAUUUUUGCAGCAAAAUCCAGCAGCCUUCAUUAUGGUUUAUUUUGUCUGAGAAGCAGUCUCUUGGGUAAUAUGCUGGUUUCUCUACUGACAUACAAACAUUUUCCUGUUAAUUUAAUUAUAAAUAAAUAAUUUUGUGCUGGAUAAUUAAUGUUUGGAAUCUAAAAUGUUUUGUACUGACUCGGUAAUGUAGAAGUCAUAAAAUAAAAAUCUAUAACAAGGUUUUUACUAAAAAAAGUCUAAGACCUUUACACAGUACUGUAUAUAAGACAUAAAGGGUAAAAGGCAUGACGUGUCGCUCUUGCUGUGGUAUAAGAGGAACCGAACUGCACGCCCCAUCAUGUUUUAUUCCUUCCAUAAUCCUCUGAUAAUCAUCAAGUAACUUGGAAAAUUUGUCCCGUUAGAAACGUAAUCUAGUUUUAGCUAAUAAUAUGGCUUCAGCUGUAAUAGGUUAUCAUGUCGGGAUACAACGCCAGCUACACAGUGGCGUACCUGGCUUAAAUCAGUACUCCGUUUUCUGAGAGCCAUGAAGCAGGACACCAACUGGCUGCUUGGAACUUGGCACACUCGGCAUUUGAAGGCUUGGUAAAAUGCCGCCCCUGCAUGUGUUGGCCAUGCCAAGGAAUGGCCCUAGAGCACAUCCUUUAAUAACAAGCUAAUGACAUUACAAUAAUACACUAAUAACAGAGAAUAUAAAUAUUAGGAUGUCAUACAUGAGAAUAGUUCAAACUAGAGCUGGUAAAGCUCACAGAUACAAAUGGCCAUAGUCUGAAUUCUAACCUGAUUGAGUCAUUUUCAUGGAAUGAGCCCCGCUUUGACGUUAUUAUUAUUAUUAUUAUUAUUAUUAUUAUUAUUAUUAUUAUUAACAGCAGCAUCCUGCUGGUUGAACAGAACAGAAUGGCUGCAGUGUGUAUUUGCAGAGGUUAGAAAAGACUUCGUUACAGCUAGAUAUUGACAGCUAGUGCUAGGCGACACUACUUAUAAUGUUUCUUGUGAUUCUCAAUGGUGUGCUUUCUCUUUGUCUGUUCUCUCUUUUUUUUUUCUUUUUUUU